AUGGCUACAACAGACGAAGAAAUUGAGGGAUGGAUUCCAAAUGUAAGCGUUCCUUACAAAAAUUACUGCCCAGAAAUAUCUUCCACACUUCGUGGAGUCCACGAAGUGUGCUGUUAUUGAUUUUAGGGUACAGUUGUGGAUAACAAUCUAAUUUAAAUAAUUUAUUCAUUUUAUUAAAUGCGACGGAAAUUCGACGUAUAAAUCAGUGUCGCGUUUCGGUCGCAUUACACGACUGAUCCUGUCGCAAAAUUCGACAGCGUCGCAUUUAAUGCAUCCCGUCGGAUUUAAUCAAUUUAUACGUCGAAUUUUCGUCGGAUAUCAUGACAUGACUGAAAUUCGACGGAUUAAAUUCGACUGAAAUUCGACGUAUAAACCAGGCCUAAGGUAUGAUGGUGUGGAAUCCCGGCAAACUUCAAAGGCACAAAAUAGACACAAUAACCUUUGUUUGAUUUUGAUCUGUAACUCACCGUGCACAAAUUAUUUGUCUCCACUUCAUUAAAUAUUAUUCAUCGUGGCCGCACGUUUCAUCUUAGCUAUCUCUACUAGACUGUUACUAUAAGGCCGCGUUUAAACUGUGCCGGAUUCGCUGAUCACGACAUCACUUUCAACAGUCAAUGAAGUAGCCUAAACAUAUCUAAAGGUAGCAACUAGGAAAAACAUAAGGAAGUUAUCGAAAGAGAAACCUUUCUUGUUAAACGUUGCUCCUGGCCAUGGGCAACAAACGAAGAUGUCGUGACCAGCGCGCGAACCACGAAAAAAACGAGCUCAAUCACCAUGGCCGUGAAGAAGUUAACAUAAACUCAAACAAAAACAAAUAACAAACACUUCUGUUUAGUAUCCAUACCGUCAUAUCUUGAUGGAUUAUUAUGAUAAGAUGCACAAUGCGAGCCGAUAAAAAGCUUAUGAUUCGUAAAUAUUAACGGACACGUUCGUAUUCUUCAAUAUGCUAAUCGUUUAAAAAAAACUGAGAAAAAAGACUGAAUCUUUAUGUGAACUGGCUGCAUUUUGUAUCAGGUGUACAGAGCUUUGACGGUCAUGAUUUGAUUUAGCCGAAAUUGACAAAAAAUACACAUAAAUCCGAGCAUAUUUCGUCACACGUAGGCUUGGAGGGAGGAGAAAGCCACUAUUUUUGCAGAAAUGUAAUUAUAUAGGGGACACUCCCUGGUAGUCGACGUGUCUACGGUAUUUGCUAUAGUGGGUAGUGCCCGGUUUAAAAAAAAACCUAUUUGCUCUUCAUGGCAUCGAUAGUAAUAGGCUCUCUGUUCAUGCAUUUUCUGUAUUUUGCCUAAGCUGAAACACCUCCUUUCAUGAUGAAAAUUGUAAAUUUGGUUCUCUUUUAGUCCGUGUGCUCUUUCAGAUCAUGGAUGGGCAGUAUAAACUCUACAUGGUCGCAGAAAUCGAAAUUAUUGCUUGAAAUACAGGGUUGUUAAAACUCUGAAAAACAAGAAAAUUAUUCGGCCACUUAAAAUAAUGAAUGCUCUGUAUGUUGCCAUAUGGUUGUCGCAUGUUAUUUGCAGAUUCCUUAGAACUUAAAGAUUUAGAGUUUAAAGACUUAACGUAAAAUGAGAUAUUUUACAUAAAUGGUGAAUGUUUAUUAGUGGAAUGGUACACAGUUACAUGAAGAGAAAGAUGGAUUUUCCCAUUCCAAUGCGGCCUCUUUUUAGAAGAUUUUGAUUACACCAUUUACGAUUAGGUUAUGAUUAAGGUUUAAUUUUUGUAGAUGUAAUUUAAUGAACACCAAAUCAUGCAAUGGAACAAAACGUAUAGUAGGCCUACAAAGUGAACGCAUUUCAUUGCACCCUCAGCAAAAUGGUAUAAUUUUUAUUCCAUAUUACGUGUAUGAUCAUAAUCAGCCAAUUCAAUGACCGGAAUUUAGUGUACUGUCUUGAUGGAUUUUGAUAUAGCUAAACUGAAUAAAUUAACUUCUGGCACAUACGUCUGUGAAUCUUCGUUUCCCCUGAUCUUCGUUUCUUCAUUGCCAGGUUGGUUCGCACAAAAAAAUACAGUUAUUUGAAAGCAAAGAGAAUAUCGUUAAAACAUUGAGUCGUAAUCCCCCAAUCUUUGGUAAGUGAAAGGAUUAUUAUAAGACGGGCAUAUGUAUUAUGCUGGAAAUUCGUUUUAUAUUUACCAUAUGACCCAAAACAAUUAGUUAAAUUUUCAAUAUGUUGUGAUGCCAUUUAUGCCAUUUAACGUUUUAUAAAACAUAGUAAAUAGUUUUAUUGUGGUAGAAAGAACGUGUGUACGGCAUAAUUGCUUCAAGUGUUCAACAUUAGCUACAGGGACCCAGGAACACUCUAUGUUUUGUUGAGCCGAGACUGCCAAUAAUCCGGCACAAUUUAGAAUUAAUAUCCUUUUGUAUGUGGACCAAAACAUGCACGGAUAUAUAAGUUGUCCAGAACUUGUCCACUUGUCAAAAACUUGUAUUUCGUAUAAAAAAACCCACAGUUAAUAGAAUAGAUGGUUUAAGUUUUAUUAGACUAAAAAUGCAAAUCAUUAGCUAUGUUACCAAACGUUUAUGCAAAAUAUGGUCAUUCAUCAUCUCAUGCAAGGGUAUUGUAUUUUAGUCAAAUUAAAGGAAUAACAAUUUUUAUGGUAUGAACAUGACCCUAGAAAUUAUUCUAGAAGUGUACCAACAGUGACGUUUAACUGGUAUUACGAUGUACAUUUUUUAGAAAUUGAAGAUUUCUUUACGCCGGAAGAGUGCGAACUUGUCAUUGACUUGGCCAAAGCGAAAGGAAUGAAGAAAAUCCCAGCUUUUAAAGGCGUUGAAACAAUGUUCAAAGAUGAGAUCCACGAGACGUUCAAAAUGUGGAAUUUAAAUGGCGACGAAUUUGUUGAUGCAAAUGAGGUGAGAAAUCGUUGAGCAAGGAAAGUGGAAGAAAACGAUUCUCGAUUUAUUAAUCUUUGUUAGCAAGAUAAAUGAUUAGCAUAGCAUAAUUGAUGUUUUUGGUCGACGAGGAAAGCAAGUUCUGCGUCAAAUUUCCGACACAAGUGUCAGCAAUUUUAAAUAAUCAUGUCUUUCGGAAUUUCUCCCACUAACACUAACAUCGUGGCUGCGCCCUGGAGGGACGUGUUUUGAUUUAUUCUAAAGAACUAGAAAAUACAUGCAUGCAGAAACCAUCGCCUUACUGACAAAACAUUAUGUUUUCUGAAUAUGAAGAAUUGAAAAUAGUUGUCAUGGUAACACGCGAUAAUUUUAAGAAUAGUUUUAAAACUGGUUUUUAAAUUGAAAAAUCCCCCCAAAAGUAUCACUUUUAAUAACAAAAUUAUCAAUUUCCCAAACAUAUAUAUGUUAGGUAUGUUAUUAUACGUAAUAUAAGCUUCACUUUAAUGUAAAAUUCAACCACAAACGCUUCGCAAAACGUUUUAAGAUGUUCUUAAAACUAAACGGCCUUUUAUCGAGUUAUCGGUAAACAUUGAGUUUGAAAUAAGCUGAUUUCAAAUUCUCGCAUGAAAAUAACUUUGCUUUCCUCUUUAUUUAAAUACUUUAAUAUACAAAAGAAAAGGUAAUUAAUAAAACUACACUGAAAUUAUAUGCUGUCUUUUUUCACUUAUAGACGCAAUGAUAGAUUAAUUUAGUUCGAUAUUCGCCGUAUCGCCCACCACUGUCAGUUAUAAAUAUAUCAAUUAUAAAACAAACAACACAUCAAUAUUUAAAACAGACUUACCUUCGUUAACGUCGGGGACUUUGCUGUAUUGUUUUAGACGUUUUUAGACGUUUUUGGCUCUCAGAAAGGUUUUGAAAUUUACAAAAUCUUGCUAAAUUACAACUUGCAAGAAAUGUUUGUUAUUUCGCUCAUUCGCUGUCGUCAAUGCAGUCAUUAUAAUGCAAAUCUCAAAUUUGACCAAUCAGUGUUCACUAUUCAAGACAGUCCGCUACAUAUUUUGAGAUCAGUGAGGAUGACCACCCAUGAACCAUGAACCAUGAGCCAUGCGCCCACGAUAUUUGAUGAACUUUAGACUUCGCUAGUGCUUUCCUUUCCCCGCGGGUGUAAAUAGCCGGGCGGAAUUAGUACCCUUGCACGACGCUUCGCGCCGCCGGCUCGGGGAUGAAAUGCAAGAAAUACUAGUGAAUAAUAAUAUUUUAAUAUAUUAAUAUUUUUCUAUUUCUCGUUAAAGAAUCACAGUCAACCGAGAUGCAUUGCGCGCUAACAUGUUUUCAUUGUUUUGUAUUUCGCCAUUUUGUUAGCCAGUUUAUUGACGAAAUAUUGACAUCCGAAACGCAUCCUUCGGCAUUAUUCUUAGACAAUGUCAUAUUUUCUAUAGUCGGAAUAUGUUAAUAGAUCAUUGAUUGAAUUAGGAUUUAGGAUUUCUUCAAAGCACCAGGGGUAAAUGUAUUAAAGUUUUUUAUUUAUAAUAAAGCUAAGGAAUUUUUUCAAGCUUGCCCUGUGUGGAUAUACUCUCAAAGUAAUAUCACAAGCAUCAUAUUCACCUGAGUACAUUACACCAACACAGAAAAAAUUAAUGCAUAUCAUUUUUAUUGUCUGAUUAUUUUCGAAGACAACACUAUUUUUUGCUCCCCGUAUUUGUAAACAUUCACAUAGUGCGCAAUGCAUCUUGGUUGACUGUGAUUUUUUAAGAGUUACUUUGUAUUUCGUCCCGUCUGGAUAGGAGAUAAUUUAUGUUUCUUCUAUUUUACCUUCUGUUCAUCUAUCAACCAACCCUACAUGAUGUUGUUCAAAUUAUUUCAUCAUGGUUGGGAAAAUUGCUGCCUCUCGCCAAUUACCCCCUCCCUUGGACAACGACGUACAUGCUAGUAUUACGUAGAAAAGCAAAAGUAGUCAUAAUAUACUAUUUACGUGAUAUAUAUUCUGAUCAUUUUUCACAGUAGAGUAACGGCUAAAUACGAUUGCUACCUAUACUGAUUAGGCCUAGUGUAAUCGCUUUUCUUCAUUCAUGCGUCAUCCAUACACCUGGCACUAAAGUAUAUUCAUUGACAUGAAUCUCUACUAAUUCCAUUUGCAGUACACAUAUCUCCUCAGAAAUAUAUCGCCUGUCGUAUGCGAUACAGAUGAUCAUUUUCAUGUAAAAUUACAAUUGGGAAUAUGAUAGUUCAUUUUCCAGCCAUGUAUAUAAUUUUCAAAAUUUUCCCGAUAUCCCUCUCCCAACUAUAAGACGGUUCCCAGAAUAACCGCGAAAUUACCUCAUUCUGUACAAUCGCUCGAUGAGAUUUUUCCCUAUAUACACCUUUUCAGCCCUCUCCCUGUACUGACGAAUUCUUAAUAUAAUGCUGAGCAUUCAUGUUUUAUUAAUUAUACUUUAGGUAUCAUACGUCUACGGGAAAGCAGGAAUAUUUGUAAGCGAUCAAGAUAUUUUAGACAUGUAAGUUUAGACAAGACACGCUUUUACUGCAUGGAUAAAUUCUAUUAUAUAUCUUGGGUAUUUUGUGCCCUUUCUUUAGCCCAUUAGUUUAUGCUUACGUUUACAGAACUAAUAUCGCCUCUACUGUAUAAUCUUCACGCUCAAAGGCUUGUACUAUUGAUGUGCAGUACAAUCUACAGGCAUGCAUGAUUUGGCGUCGUACGUCUCACACAUCUAGACAAGCGAUGAAUUUCAUAUUGACAUACAUGCAAGUUGCACUCACAAGCGCAUGCGGUACAGCACGGAUAAUCGGCUUCCAGGCGCAGAGUUUCAUAAGGGCAGUGCGCUCAAACAACCACAGGGGAAGUGCAUGAGCUUUGCAUUGUUGCUAAUAGACACCAAUUAACUCCACAGAGUUCUUUACAAGACCGAAUUGAAGGAGCGUAAUACUUAACAAAUAUAAAAUAUUUUCCGUGUUGAUGUACAUGCAGUUAUAUCAACACAAAUGGAAAUUGGGGGAACGAGAAAAUGUGCGGAAACACAACGCCCGGAGAGCGGACCAGUGUAAAACAUGAUUUGUGAGUAGGUUGAAUGUAGUCUAAAAAUCUAUAUCUAUAUUGGAAUUCUACCGCGGCCUCAAAUAAGUAGCGACUAGGCCUAUUUCACGACCCAAAUUCCGUUAUUUCACAUUUUGCGAGAAGAAAAUUGGCAAUUCAUAAUUCACGAAAAUACCACCCUCGGCUCCUGUAUGAGUAUUUCAAUUUUUUAGGUUCAAAGAUACCAAAGCAGAUAAUGACGGCGAUGGUAAGAGAUAAGAAUGAAUCAAUUAAUCGAAUCAAUCAAUCAGUCAAUCAAUUAAUUAAUUAAUCAAACUAUAUACGUAAAGAAAUAUAAAUAAUUUAAUGCCGUGCAUAUAGCAGCAAAAACGCAUACAUGGAGUACAGGUCGGGACCCCAAAGUGAUGAGCGAAUUAUACUGACCAACGUGCAGUAAUGAACGGAAUUUGUAACUGGCCAGAGGAUGAACUAAUUAACCAGAUUCAAAGCGCCUGACCAAAACAUAGCCAUAUAAUAUAAGGAAUUUGCAUUUGUAUACCUUUUUUAGCAAUAAAUCACGGCUGGGAGAUGGCCGUUGCUGAUGCGGCCUCUAAUUGUCGGGGGGCCUUUGUUUUCAAACUAACCCUAGCCAGUGCCAGCGUUACGCCACUGAGCAAUUUUCCGCAGAGCGCAUAGUUAUCAUCUCUUCUUUUCAGAACCGCGCUCAAAUUAUCAUGCAAAAUGCAGUUUUCAAACAAAGAAAGGGAUGGCUAAUUGUCACAGUCCUGCGCCGUUUCUAAAUCGCUCCGGCGUGGUGUGAAUGUAGUCUUAACCAAAAAUCCCUUCAAAAUACCCUUGUUCUUUCUUUAGGAAAACUUGACGAAAAUGAGUUUGAAAACAUAGACAGAGAAAGUACUGAACAGUUCUUCGACAAACAUAUGGCUGAUUCUAAAUCAUCUAAUCUCGAAAAUGUGUUUACUCAGCAAACCUGGCUUUGGCACGAUGAAGACGAAUUACUG